UUACCUUCGCCAUAUACAGCUACCAAUUUGCACCAUUCAGAUGAAUAUCCUCCCACCAAUGUCAACAACCACCAUUUCAUCCCCAGGAAAAAAUAUGGUGGUGAUGCGGGAACUGAUGGCUAAAAACCAGGUACAUGAGAUGCCAUAGAAUAGCUACUAGACAGUAUGCUUAUAGUAUUGUGUAUAUUUAUGGUAUAUAAUGCCAUGUUGAUGAAUGAAUCAGUCAGUUAUUAAUUAUUUAUAAAGGACCAAAUAAGGAGAAACUAUUUUGUCUGGAAUGACGUCUUUGCUUCCUUGAACCGUUGGAACUUUCCUGGCUGUCAAAAGUAUCUUUAUAGGAAAGAGGAAGAAGGAGAGGCAUCGGCAGCCACUUUUAUCAUCCACCAACCCAAUCAUAUCGCUUUUUGCACAGUGGCUAUACGUUAGCAACGUAGGGAUCCUACUUCUCCAAAGCUUCGACGACGACUACCCAAUCGGCCCCCCACCGCGUCAAUGAUGGGUUUUAAGGUCAACAGUUUUCCCCAACAGAAAUCUCUGGUGUCUCGCUGAAUCAGCUCCCGUCUUAUGUGCAAAACCAAAAUGGCUGUUGAAGCUUCCGAUCCCAACUCAGCCCGGUCUCGUCCGAGUCAGACCCCCCGAGCUCGACCCACUCCGUCCUCUCGCACGGCCACCAAAACCCCGAAAUUCACCACCAGCUCCUCUUCAGAUCCCUCAACUUCAAAUUACCUACCUACUUCUUCUUAUUCUUCUACAACAAGCACAACGCUAUCCAGCCGAACCUCCCUCUCCAGCCUCCGAGACACACUACCGGAGAACCCUCACCUCUACGACUUAUCCGAGAUUCGCGCAGCUACCAACAAUUUCCUCGCCAAGCGCCACUCCUCCUCCUCCACCCCAUCCUGGCGCGGCUCCUUGCGGGGCCGAGACUGCAUAAUCUUCCAGCGCAAGUUCAGACGCAAAAUCGAGAUGCCACAGCUGAGAGAACGGUUGUCGGUGAUAUGCAGGAGCCACCAUGCGAGUAUAAUUAAGCUCCUCGGGGCUUCAGUCUCAGGAGAUUAUAUAUACCUCGUGUAUGACUUCGUUCACGGCGCUAAUCUCGCCGAAUGUUUGCGGAACCAAAAGAACCCGAAUUUCACGGUCUUGUCUACCUGGAUCUCCAGAAUGCAGAUCGCAACGGAUAUAGCACACGGCUUCGAUUAUAUCCACAACAAAACUGGAUUAAACAUAACUUUUGCUCAUAAUCACUUGAAGAGCAGUAGCAUUAUGGUGACUGAACCGUCAUUUAACGCCAAGAUCUGUCACUUUGGUGCGGCGCAAUUGUGUGGAGAGACGGACGAUAAUGAGGCCAAAACUGUCCGUUCUAUUAGGGGUGAAAUCGAGGAAAUGCUUGAGGAGUCUUCUUCAACGCAACAAUUGAAGAGAUCUGAUAGCAAUAGAAAGCAAUUCGAAGGCGUGAGAGGGUACAUGUCUCCGGAAUUCCAAAGCACAGGUAUCGCAACUCGGAAGUCGGACGUGUACGCGUUUGGAGUCGUAGUCCUGGAGCUAUUAUCAGGUGAUGAGCCUUUCAAGUACAAAUUUGAUAGAGGGAAAGGUGAGUUUAUGAGGACUUCGUUGAUCGAGACGGCAGCAGAUGCGAUCGACAGCGGGGGCGGGGACGGUGGUGGUGAAAGAUUGAGGAGGUGGGUGGAUAGGAGGCUGAAGGACUCGUUCCCGGUGGAAGUCGCCGUGAAGCUAACACGUGUAGCUCUUGAUUGCGUCGACUUGGAUCCAGAUAAACGGCCAGACAUGGGACACGUGGCUGGUAAAAUUUCGAAGUUGUAUUUACAAUCGAAGAGCUGGUCGGAUAAGAUGAAGAUACCGACAGAGAUUUCAGUCUCGUUGGCUCCUAGAUGAGCCGUGGCUGGUUUAAAGUUCAGUCUCUUAAAGACAAAUGGUAGAUUAUAAGGACGAAAAGUAGACGAUGAGAAGCAUGACAGUGUAGGUCAAUCGUUGGAAGGAAGACAGAUCUUUCCACUUUCUGCAUGCUAACUUGCAUGAUUAACGGACAUUUGAAAGAAGAAUUACAACUGACCUUGUCAAACUUCAAAGUGAAGUGCAAAAUUUUCUUUAACACCACUGCAUGCCAUCUAGCCAACAUUUCCCCACCAAUGAGACACCCAAAAGUAAGCACUUCACCAUACAAGCUAACAAAAGUUGUAUACCUAUAUUUGCAAUGUAAUGCCAUCAUAUUCAGUAUUCAAUUACUUGUUUUCUGCGAUUUCUUUUUUCCUUCAAUGAAAAGUUCUAACUGUACUGUA